AGGAUCGAUGUCGUCAUCGAGCUCGCCGUGCGCGGCGUGCAAGCUGCUGCGGCGCAAGUGCACGCAGGGGUGUGUCUUCGCGCCCUACUUCCCGCCGGACAACCCCGCCAAGUUCGCCAGCGUGCACCGGGUGUUCGGUGCCAGCAACGUGUCCAAGAUCCUCACCGAGCUCCCGCAGGCUCAGCGGGAGGACGCCAUCAACUCGCUCGCCUACGAGGCCGACGCGCGCCUCCGCGACCCCGUCUACGGGUGCGUCCCCUACAUCACCGUCCUCCAGCUCAGGAUCAAUCAGACCCGCGACGAGCUCGCCACCGCGCGCAAGGAGCUCGCGGGGUACAUCGGUCCGGCCGCCUUCGCGCCCUUCGUCGCCGCGCCGCAGUACCAUCACCCCGGCGCGCACUACGGUGACGCCGCCGGGAUGGGGCUCGCCGUCGGCGUCGCGCACGGGCACCCGCACCCGCAGAUGGUGCAGCUCCAGCACCACCAGAUGGCGGAGGCUCAGCAAUUGGCCACCGCGGUGGAGGUCGCGAAGGAGCAGGACAUGAUGAUCAGGCAGGCCGCGGCCUACGCGCACGCCCCGCCCAGAAGUAGCUCCGGCGCGACGGCGGCGGUCGUGCCGCCCGAUGCAGCGGCGUACGAGGGCGGUUUCCUCUUCCAGCAGCAACCGCCGCCGUCACAAGCGCAGACGGCGGUGGCGCUUACGUACCAAAUGGAGCAGGAGCCAUCACCACCGCCGUCGUCGUCGGGUCAGUCGCAUGCCGAAGAAGUGCCGCAGCAGCAACAUACGGAUGGUAGCGACGAGGGCAGCGGUGGUGUCGUGCCGCCGGCCUCACCUGACGGACGGCCGCAUGCUCGGCCGCCCUCCAGCACCACCGUGUCUUAAUAUUUGUGCCGUCCUAAUUUAGCCUUUUAUUUUUCUUUGCCUUGCUUAUUAUGUUUUUUUUUUCGUUUUAUUAU